GAUUUCGAAAAAAGUGCUGGAUUAAAAUGGAACGAAUUGAAGCUGGUGCAGUGUUUAUUGAGCAUGUUACCUGCUGUCUCUACGCCUCCAUUACUUGAGGAUAGAACUGUCGAUUCAAAAUCAAGCACUAACGCAGGUGCUGUGUAUUACAAAGGGAAAAGAAAACCACUAAUGAAAGAGGGAAUCAAAAGAUCGAAGAUGAAGCGAACGACGAAGACAGCAAGGUCUAAGAAACCAUUGAAAGCGAAAACUUCAGCAAGGCCACCAAAAGCAGUACUGCCUACACGUAUCCACGAUGUGUCGAACAGAGUAAUAAUACCACCGGCGAAAAUGAAAAUAAGGGCGCUGAAGAGAGUGACGACGUCUAGGAAAAAGCUAAGAAAAACCAAGAAAAAGAAAGUAAUGAGGAAGGAAAUUGGGAGGAUGGAAGUUGGGCGGACGGAAAAGAAAGAUUUA